GGCGAAGCCGACACAUACAACAGUCAACUGCUGGUUCUGCAACCAAGACACGCUGGUGCCCUACGGGAACCGCAAUUGCUGGGACUGCCCCCACUGCGAGCAGUACAACGGCUUCCAGGAGAACGGCGACUACAACAAGCCCAUCCCUGCCCAAUACAUGGAGCACCUGAACCACGUGGUGAGCAGCGUGCCCAGCCUCCGCGACCCCACACAGCCACAGCAGUGGGUGAGCAGCCAGGUCCUGCUGUGCAAGAGGUGCAGCCACCACCAGACCACCAAGAUCAAGCAGCUGGCCGCCUUCACCCCGCGCGAGGAGGGCAAGUACGACGAGGAGAUCGAGGUGUACCGGCACCACCUGGAGCAGAUGUACAAGCUGUGCCGGCCAUGCCAGGCAGCCGUCGAGUACUACAUCAAGCACCAGAACCGCCAGCUCCGCGCUCUGCUGCUCAGCCACCAGUUCAAACGCCGGGAGGCUGACCAGACCUAUGGGCAGAGCUUCUGCUCCUCCGCGGUGAAGUCCCCAGUCCAGGUCAUUCUGCUCCGCGCCCUCGCCUUCUUGACCUGUGCCUUCCUGCUAACCACUGCACUGUAUGGCACCAGUGACCCCUUUGCCCCAGAAGCCACCCUGCCCCCAGCCCUGCCACCUGGUGGCAAUGGCUCAGAAGCACCCGACAAUGGCACUGGCCCUGGGGCUGAGGGCUGGAGGCAGCUGCUGGGCUUGCUGCCCAACCACGCGGUGGAGAAGCUGCAUGAGGCCUGGGCUUUCGGGCAGAGCCACCAGACAGGCGUCGUGGCUCUGGGCCUGCUCACCUGCCUGCUGGCCAUGCUGCUGGCUGGGCGCAUCAGGCUCCGGAGGAUUGAUGCCUUCUCUACCUGCCUGUGGGCCCUGCUGCUGGGGCUGCACCUGGCCGAGCAGUACCUACAGGCCGCCUCGCCCAGCUGGCUAGACACGCUCAAGUUCAGCACCACGUCCCUGUGCUGCCUGGUGGGCUUCACAGCAGCCGUGGCCACAAGGAAGGCAACGGGCCCACGGAGGUUACGGCCCCGAAGGUACUUCCCAGGAGAUUCCACCAGUCUUUUUCCCAUCAGCCCCGGCCUGGCCAUCCCCUGCCCAAGUGUCCGAGGCUCCUCACCACCCCUCCUCAUCCCCACCCCGCCCGGCUUCCUGCCACUCACCAACCAGCAGCUGUUCCGAUCUCCCCGACGCACCUCUCCCUCCUCGCUGCCAGGCCGCCUCAGCCGGGCCCUCUCGCUGGGAACGAGUCCCUCUCUGACUCGAGCAGAUUCGGGCUAUCUGUUCAGCGGGAGCCGUCCACCGUCUCAGAUGUCCCCAUCUGGGGAGGUUCCUGUCUCAGAUUACUUCUCUCUGCUGUCAGGGAGCUGCCCCUCCUCUCCGCUCCCCUCCCCGGCGCCCUCCGUGGCUGGCUCGGUGGCCUCCAGCUCCAGCUCUCUACGCCACCGCAGGCCCCUCAUCAGCCCUGCCCGGCUCAACCUGAAGGGGCAGAAGCUGCUGCUCUUCCCAUCGUCUCCUGGGGACAACCCCAACACCCCCAGCAGCUCGGAUGAACACUCACCUCACAACGGCAGCCUUUUCACCAUCGAGCCGCCCCGGGGCCACCUGAGGCAGCCCAUGCAGGACACAAAGCACACUAUGGACGUGAGAUCAAAGCCGGAAAGAGGUAGCAUCUGCAGCAGCCGCUCCAUCAAAAAGGAAGACGACUCAUCCCAGUCGUCCACCUGUGUCGUGGACACCACCACCAGAGGGUGCCUGGAGGAGGCCACUGCCUGGAGAGGUCGUCUAGGCCCCUCCCUGGUCCGUGGCCUCCUGGCUGUGAGCUUGGCCGUCAACGCUCUCUUCACCUCGGCGUACCUGUACCAGAGCCUGCGCUGACCCACUGCCCGCUGGAGAGCCUUGGAGGCUGGCGCCCGGGUGCAUGCCGCUUCCACACUGCCCGCCCACAGCCCUUCCUGGAGGGGCUGCUGCCUCUGCCCUCGUCUCCAGGGCCCUGACCUCACAGGAUUGCAAGUUCCUGACCUCAGGACGCCUAACCCUCCUUACCUAACAGACUGUAGGCCUGGGCCUGGCCUGAGGCCACACUGCCUGCCCAUCUCCCGGCUGACUUCAGUUGUUUUUGGUGCUGACAUUCUGAUCCCGAAGCCAGGGAUCCCUGAGGGGCUACACAGCCCCAGGGUCCCCUCAGACUGUCCGCCAUGCCUGGCAGGAAGGCCAGAACUACUGCAACUGCAGCAGGAACUGGCCAGGCUGUCUCCUGACCCCGGGCUACGGGCUGUGGCCACAUCUUUGUACUGUACUCUGUGUCCCACUACGCUGAAGGCCCCUGGGGAAGACAGGAGGGCUGGCCCCUGGGCCACUGCGUGUUGGCCCCUGUCCCUGCCCAGUGGAGGAAAGCCACCCUGGGCAUUGCUCGUUCCAUCUCCUUCCUGGCAGCUCGGGGCUGGGCUGCCCACAAGGUCCUCAGAGCUCCUGGGUCCCUGCAGCCAAGGGCCCAGUUGGGCCUUCAGGGCCAGUGUAAGCACCUGCCUCCCCCGCCCCUCAGGCAUGUGCCCCUAUUUUGUGACCUCUGAUGACCUUCCCAGGAAGCAACCCCAUUACCCUGACAUCACAGAGCCCAGGGCCCACCGUUUUUCCAAGCCUCCCUCCCUGGCCCCUCGGCUCCACAUGGAACCUCAGGGCAGGUCUAGGGUAGCCUUGGGAUCUCCAAGUUCAGAGCCUCCCCUCCCAGCUCCUUCCAGGGGUGAGGCCUAACUCCUCCCCUCUGCUGUCCCCCUGGGCUCCGUGUGGCCUCUGCCUCCCAGGUAGGUGGCUGGCUUGCUCUCCUGCCCCACUUUCUUGGUCCUCACCCCUGCCCUUCUGACUGGCACUGCAGGUUGCCCCACUCUCUUGCUGGGGUCCCAUCUUUUCCCCCUCAGAGGGGAGCAGGGAGGGACCUCAGUCGCUGAACCGUUGUGACGCUGAGAGGAAUAAGGCGCUGUGUAUGCCUGUGGGUGUCAAAGGCCCCCCUCCUGCUGCCCGGCCUUGGGCACAGGCCUGGGGCUGUCAUCCAUGUGUCUGUGUCUGUGUGUGUGUGCCACUUGGGGAGGCAUCAGCUGCCUCGGGAAAUUCUGAGACUUGGGGGGAGGGUCAUGGGGCAGGAGGGUCUUCACUCUAUCAUUCAGGGAUAAAGUUUAAUUUUAUUUUUCUACACAUUUUUGCCAGGUAAGGCAUUUUGCUGAUAAGUGGAAUGCCCCCAGUUCUCCCAGCUAGGGAGGUUUAGUUUUUUUAAGCUUCAGGUGCUUUUUUAAUAAUUUUUUUUACCAUGUGGGGAAGGAGAUUGCUCUGAUUUCAUCUCCCUCCUCUUGCUGACUCCUGCCGUGAGAGCGCCUGAGGCUGCUUCCUGCCCUGUCCUCCAUCCGGGGCGAGGGACACGGGCUGCAGCA